CACACACAGAGAUGGGAUGAGUUGCAUUUGUUCAUCCCCCAACACACUCAAAUUCCCUGAAAUUCAGCUUCCAAAUUUCAAAAUAAGACAACCCCAAAAAUGUCAUCUUCCCUCCCACCAAAACCCCGUGACCCUUUGAAUAUCUCUCCCAACAUUUCUCCCAUUAAAUACACACCCAAACCUCUCUCCUCUUCCGCACAACUAUGGGAAAUUGCUCCCUCAAAGCAGUCACCGAUGCUGAUGGAGAAUCGCAACAGAGAGGAUGCCAAGAGUCUGUUAGAGUUUCAGCAUUCAACCGUUUGACGCCGGCGAGUUAUGGGAAAACAUCCGUCGAGGUGCUCCCGCCGCCUGGGGCCGGCGUUUGGAAGGUCAAACUGGUGAUCGAUCCCAAGGAUUUGGAGCGGAUAUUGGCGGAGCAAGUGAACACGGAGGCGUUGAUUGAGCACAUGAGGAUUGCCGCAAACUCAACUCCUAAGAGGGGGAAGAGCUCUUGGGGCGGCGCCGAUGGAAGGCAUUGCUCGAUUAUGUGUUCGUUUAAGUGAUCCUGCCCCCGAUUUGAAGAGAAGCUGUGUUUGAUUAUGUAUCCUUAUUGUGUAAAACAUGUAUGAUUUGGUUUAGAUGUAGGUGUUCCUUAGUUCCCACGAGCUUCUACUCUUACAUUUUCUAUUAGCUUCAAAAUCUGGGGCGCUACUCUAUCAGCUUUAGAGUGAGUUUC